AUGUGUAGUUACCUGUGUUUGGUUAUUGUAGCGUGUGUCGGAGUGGCGUCGUCGGCGCCAAAACUUAGGGAAUAUACUUACCCCGCGGGGGUUGCAUAUUAUGCUGCUCCAAAGUACGCAUUCAAUUAUGGUGUAGCAGAUCCAUCGACGGGUGAUAUCAAAUCACAGCACGAGUCUAGAGAUGGUGAUGUUGUUAAAGGACAAUAUUCGCUAGUAGAACCAGAUGGCUCCGUCCGCACCGUAGAUUAUACAGCGGACGCUAUUCAUGGGUUCAAUGCGGUUGUAUCUAAGAGUAACCCAUCCUUCCAUGGACCAUCCAUCAGACCCGUGGCGCCUACGGUUCCUGUGCAAGUCAAACCAAGGGUUCAGUACGUGCCUAAGCCCGUGCCAGUACCGGUAGACUUUAACUCCUUCUACCCGCAGCAGGGUGUUUAUAGGGAAGCAGCAGCGCCUUUGUACCCAAAUACUGGAGCUGUCCCGUACCCUGAAUAUGACGGAUAUGAAUUCGAAGCAGGAUUCCCAGUAUCACCAUUUAUGUAUAAUUAA